UGCACAUAUUCCCUUUUUUUCACUUUUCUUUAAUCGAUCUUCCCUCCAAAAAUCCAGAACUCCUCUUUCCUCGGUAAUCGCAUGGUAUUUGGACCCUUCCAUCCUUAACAUUUUAGUACAAAACAAAACAAAACAGAAUAGUACGUAGUUGUGAGUAGACUUAAAAACACUGUAAAAAAUCUGUUUUUGUUUUGUCCCGUUUGUGUCUUUUUUUUUUUAGUUGGUGUUUGUUUGCAUUUUCGCAAAGACUUGGUUUUGAUUUUUGGCCAUUUUAUUAGCGUGUGAUUCUUUCUCUCACACAAGUCAAAUGCAUUUCAUAUCUUCUCCCUGGGACAGUACAGUACGACCACGACCCAUUUGACAAGUCCUUUGUUUUUUUUUUUCCUUACAAUAAUUUGCAUUUAUUUCUCCCGUUUUUCAAUCCGUCAGCAGGUUUGAAUGCAUAUAAAAUUUGUUAAAAUAAUCUUGAAAUGUUCUUCCUUUCUUGGUGAUUAAGUUCUGGACAUCUGGGUUUCUUUUAGUUUUGGGUUCUUCUUUCUGUUUUCCCCCCACAUCUUCUGUGGAUGUAGAGCUGAAUACUUCUCCUUCUUGGGAUUUGGUUUUACUGUUUUGUAUGCUUGUUUGACUGAGAAGAAGCCUUUACCUUCGGGGAUGAAGAUGAAGAUCCUGUAAUCUGUAGUGGUGAGAUAAUGGAGGAAGCUGGGAACGUUCGUUUAGUUCGCUGCCCCAAAUGCGCAAAUCUUCUGCCUGAGCUUCCUGAUUUCUCUGUCUACCAGUGUGGUGGUUGUGGUACUGUUCUAGCAGCUAAUAAUAGGAGAGGUCUUUUGGAGGAUAGGGUAUUGGAGACAUCUGGUGAUGGGAAUGGUAGAAAGGUUUCUGAGCAAGAAGAUCUUAGUGUGGGGACUAAUGGGAUUGAACCUGGCAGGAGUUCUGAAAGAAGUAACAAUAAAAAUGUUGUUUUGAAUGGUAGUUCUUCAUCAGGAGCUGAGAGAAGGGGAGUUCUUGAGGAUAUUGAUGGAUCUAGAAGAGGAAGGAUGGAAUCGGGUUUUGAUCAGGGUAGAAAAGCCAGAUUCGCAGAUGAAGGAUAUCAGCUUCCUUCAAAUGGUCCAAAUGACAAUAGGGUUGGAGUUGGCAUUAAUAAUAGAUAUGACCUGAAGCCUAUUAGGCCAGAUAAUGUUGAUUUGAAUGCUGAGAGUAAGCUUGAGAAUGUUAGGCCUCCUGCCGUGUCGGUGAGAACAAGGGCAACUGCAGAUCAGAGAGGCAUUGAUAGAAGUAGCUCAACUGAGCCUCAUGUUAUUCCCGUCAAUGCUGCCGGGCAAGGGAGGUUUGCCAAUAUGCCUGAUGCUGAUGUGGGGCCUUCGAAUUAUCAUUAUAGAUAUGGUGAGGCCUCAGAUGGACUCGCAAGAGUUAAAAAUUUGGAAAAUGAUAGAGCCGAGCUACUUCGGAAGCUUGAUGAGUUGACUGAUCAACUCACAAGAUCUUGUGAUACAUCUGAAAAUCCAAGGGAAAGGAUUCAUCAUGACCGUCGCAUUUCCCAACCGGCUCUGGAUGCAUAUGAUAGACACAAUUCAUUUAAUCCAGGAGCUACUAGGUUGUCUUAUGGUGUUAAUAAUGUUCCCAUUGCACCGGAGAAACAUGUUCCUGCAGUUCCAUAUGCCAACCAUGGUCAUAUUUAUGGUCCAUACAGGGACAGACACAGUAUACCUUUUCAAGAACCUUAUCAUCCGAGGAAUUUCCCUUAUGACUAUGGAGGAUAUCCUGAUGUCUAUCAGCCACCGAUGCUGAGUAGGCCGCCGUCGUAUCAGCCACCAAACAGGUACAAUCAUGAACCGCGGUAUGAGCGUAUCCCAGGGCACCAUGUGGACUUGAAUCAAGAUCUGUUUAUGUCGCAUCCUCAUGAAACCUUAUUUCAUCAGCCUGCCUGCUCUUGUUUCCAUUGCAUCAACAUGAAUAGGCAUCUUCCAUCUAAUAUCCAGCCAUCAAGAAAGCCUGGUCAAAUUGCACAUCAUGAGUAUCUUAACCGUGACAUUUAUCAGCACAUGAAUCCUCUUACAUAUGAUCGUCAAGGUUACAUUUCAGAAGGCUACAAUCCCGUUCCUCCCAAACCUCUUGAUAAUAAGGUCGUCACGAGAAGUUUGAGUGACUUGGAUAGAGAAACUGCUGGAUUUGGUCGGACCCGCCUGAACAAUAUUGUUGCUGACAAUAAGGGUAGACGACUCUUGCACCCUAUUGCUGGUGGUGCUCCCUUUGUGACAUGCUGUAAUUGCUUUGAGUUGUUGAAGUUGCCAAGACAUCAAAUGUCGACGCAAAAAACGCCAAGGAAACUGAAGUGUGGGGCAUGCUCGUCCAUUUUGUUAUUAGAACUUGAUGGCAAAGGAUUUGCCAUUUCAGUUCCUGAAAAAAUUGAGCAAGUCUUAGUGAAAAAGGUUGCCUCAUCAGAUAGUGAUAUGCCAGAUGAAAACUAUCAACGUUCUCAACCCUAUCAAGAUAUUGGCCCCAUGCAUAACUAUGAUACUUAUGAGAACUUCAAUUACAACACGCAGUCGGCAGAUCCUGACCCUUUUCCGUCUUCUGGAGAUCAGGAAUCAAAUUUCGACAGGUCUCAGAUGAGACAGGUUCAUAAUUCUUCCACCUCCAGUUCUUCUGAAGAUGAGCCUAGUCCAGACAGUGUUAUGGUAAAGAAAGAAACUUGUGUUACUGAGUUGUCAAAAGAUGAUAAGUGCUUGCCUGUUCCUGAUUCAUCAUCAUCCCAGGAAUAUCAAGAACAUUCUUCAGAGGAAUUGAUGCAUAUAGGUGGCCAGGGGAAUAUAAGUAAACGAAUUGAUCAAGAUAGGAAAACUUUUAGGCAGAACUCUUUAAAGGAUGCCGUGACAGCAACCGAGACAGAUGUCUCCUACAAUGAUCAUCAUGUAUCCCAUGAUUUUGUAGAAACAGGAAAAGAAGAAGAAGAUCUAGGAAGGAUAAACAAGGGGGGUGAGUCAUUUUUUGCGGGGCUCUUCAAGAGGGGUUUUGGAGACUUCUCCAGGUCAAGUAAAGGCUCAGAAAGCAGAAAGUCAAAUGUUUCUGUGAAUGGCUUUUGCAUAACAGAUAAAGUUGUUCGAAAGGCUGAAAAAUUGGCUGGUCCUAUUCAGUCUGGAGAUUACUGGUAUGAUCAUCGAGCUGGAUUUUGGGGUGUCAUGGGACAUCCAUGUCUGGGCAUUAUUCCGCCAAACAUUGAAGAAUUCAAUUAUCCCUUGCCUGCAAAUUGUGCUGGUGGCAACACUGAUGUGUUUGUCAACGGGAGAGAACUUCACCAGAAAGACUUAAAUCUACUUAUCAGUAGAGGCCUUCCACCUACAAGACAUAAGUCCUAUUUAGUCGAGAUUUCUGGUAGAGUUGUGGAUGAAGACACUGGUAAAGAACUGGACGGACUAGGCAAACUUGCACCUACGUAAGUUUUCUACUUAAUGCAACAGACUUAUGUCUUACCCUAAAAAAAAAACAGAUCAAAGUCUUUGUUUUUCAGUUAUUUUCAGUUUUUACUAAUUUGCAAUUGCAAGCAAACAAGCAUCAACUAAUUUCUCAACUUACAAUUCACCAAUGAUUUAGGACACGAGGGAAGUAAUAAAAUGCAGGAGGUUCCAGGGAUGAUCAUGAAAUUGAAAUUCAUCUGUAGUUAUAUUGUUUCAGUUUGUCAUAGGGGAUAAUCUUACCAUAUUUGCUUUAAUAUUGACUGAAAUUUACUUAGAUUUGGUGCCUGCAGAAAUAUUUGUCGUUAAUAAGAAAAGGUCUUCUUAUUAUGGUUUUGAGGUUAUAUGUUUGUGUAUCCUUGAGAUCUACAUGCACUUGGUAGCCUUGCUGUUAUUUCAUUUGGCGUCUCCAAUCCUCUGUGCUCCUCAAAUGCUUUGCUGUUGCUUAGGCCACCCUAGAGAAUUCCUUUGGGUAACGUAAUUUGAGGGGAUUUUUGCUUUUUGCCAUGUCUCAAAACUUCUUUUUCCUCCAUCGUAGCAUUUUAGUUUACCAAGAGUAGCUAAGUUGAGGAAGCGAAUGAUGUGGCAUACGUAGAGACAUGAAUUCCCUGUAUUAUACUGCGAUUUAUAAAGAGUGUGCAUAAUCUUGCCAUGUGUAGUCUCAUGCUACCAUGCUUACCACACUGUUGUUUCUGACUGAGUGCUCAUUGGAACAGGGUUGAGAGAGCGAAGCAUGGAUUUGGUAUGAAAGUUCCGAAGUCACUUCAGCAACAGAAACGGUAGAUGAAGCUUCUUCGUCCGCAGCACUGCUGCCAUUUCAACAAACUAAUGAAAGUAAGAUCUUAGACUUUUGGCUGUAAAAUUCGUAGCUUUUGGGAUAUGUCAAAGAUCAUCUCGAGUUGUGGUGUUUUGCUUUCUGGUUAACACCUUAGUGGUUUAGAAGUUAUCAUUUGUUGAUUACAAGCAAGAAGGUAUAGUAAGUUCCUAUUGGUUUUGUUAAGAAAAUAUGUUUUCCUAUUAUGUAUUAUUACUCCGAUUGGCUUGGUAGACCGCAGAUCAUUGGAAAACGCACUUGUAUAUUCAGAACAGAUGUGUAGUAUGGGAAGAAAGAACUGUUCAGUAGAAUUUGUUAAGCAAAUAUCCAAGAUAUUAUGGGGUGGCAUUCUUCUUUUUCUUCUUCUUGUUCUUUUCUCUCUUUUUUUUUCUUUCCUUUGUUAUCAACUUUUUUUGGUUACUUCCUUCGAAUAAAAGGACUGUUAUCAUAUGCAAGCCUCCUUUACUAAUAAUCCAACUGCUGCAUUUAAAUGGUAGUAGUGGAGUGGAAGUGUGGAACAGAAGCCAACAGCUUUCGGAAAAGAUGUGAAAAAGUUGUCACAGCUCACAAGGCACCAGAUUCCAAAUGUAAUCAAAUCCUGUUUGUGAAUGGGCAAUAGUUUUAUGAUUAUCCUUAUUGUGGUUUACUUUUGAAAAUUACAGUAACCUUUAUGAAUAACCAACCUUUUAAGUUUUCUUAGUUCCACAAACAAAACGGUAAUUUUGGACAUAGGUGCUCAUGAUAUAUAUAGUAAUACUAGUAUAAUAUUCAUUUCUACAAAAUAAAUGUACUAGUUUUUAUUUUCUUUUUUUCCUACAAAAUAAAUGUACUAGUUAAAGGAACAUAUAACUACUUCUGUAGUACUAUUUACUCUUGAGAGGAGGGCAGUGAUUUUCGUCAGUUGCCUAUUGGAUCACUUUGACUGAAUUACAAGCGAUCCUUUGGCGGUGGUCAAAAGUCAAAGCUCAAAAGGGCUGUAUAGAAAUCUAAUUUUAGAUUACGAAACCUAAAAUCAUAGGUACAUUUGUCCCAUAAAAUAAUAC